UAUAGCAACGAAGAAAUGAUGGCUCCGUGAAGAAACAAAUGGACUAUUUUUUCCUCAUAAAUCCAGACGAUAAGUAUUAGCUACACAUAUAAAAUAAUGACAGAUUAAAGAUUUCAAAAUGGGAGACAAAAAGCCAAAGACUAAACGUGUAUUUGUGAAUAACGUCGACGGAUAUUCUUCCAAGCACAUCGCUAAGUUUUUAUCGACAUGUACACGCGAAGAGGACGAUGCAGACGCAGAUGAAAUUGUACUUUCUCAUGGAGGUGAACCUGCAUUUCACAUAGUUGGAACAGUGUCUCCAACAUUCAAAGAAGAGAGGAACAGUUUUCUACUAGAACAAUAUAAGUCACCAACUCGUGAUGAGCUGCUUGAGCACUUCCUGGAGUGUGAUGUAGUGGUGUACAACAUCUCAGAAAAUGCCACACAGCAGCUGAUUGAGGAGGCAACAUGGGCCAUCACAGCUCUGCACGCUGGAAUGGAGGGCUUCACAUCUCGGAAAAUGUUCAUCUUAGUCUCUACUGUGAUGACCUGGGCCAUGACCAAACCACAGAAUCCAGAUGAAACAGAUGUUCUGCUCACAGAGGAAGAGUACAGGAGAAGAAGACCACAUCCCCAUUUCAAAAACCACAAUGAAUUGGAAAAGCUUGUGCUUAAACUGGGUAGAAGUAAAAAGUCCAAACUUGCAGGUUAUGUUGUAAGCAGUGGUCUUCAGUAUGGAAAAGGAGAAAACCUCUUUCAUUACUUUUUUAAGGUGUCAUGGUUGAUGCAGUUCCCACAGGUUCCUAUAUUUGGUCAGGGGGCAAAUUACAUCCCCAUGAUUCACGUAUAUGACCUUGGAGGAGUGAUCCAAAACAUAAUCGAGGUCAGGCCUAAGUCAAAAUACAUCCUGGCUGUUGAUGAUUCCAAGAACACUUUGGAGGAAAUAGUGAAGGCGAUCAGUGACGUAGUGGGACCAGGAAAAAUUAACAUAGUCCCUGAGCAGGAGGCCAUCUCCCUGAAGGCUUUUGAGCCAACAGAAUUGGAAUACUUAAAAAUCAACCUCCGCCUGGAUGCAUUUAUUGUGAAAGACUCCUUGAAUAUCAACUGGAUGUCCGAAGCUGGAAUGGUGAAAAACAUUGAAAACAUUGUGGAGGAAUAUAAAGUCACCAGGCAGCUUCUUCCAAUUAAAAUCUGUUUGGUUGGACCUCCUGCUGUCGGUAAAACUACAGUCACAGAGAAGCUCUGCCGUCAUUACCAAAUACACCACAUCAAGAUCCAAGACGUCAUCAAAGAAAAGAUCACACAGCUGCAGCAGAUUGUAAAUGAAGCAGACCCUGAAUCUGGCAGUGAAGAGACGGUGGCCUCUGCACGAAAACAACUGAAAGAUAUACAGACAAGCAUGGAAAUGAAUACAGGUCGAGUAGCUGAUAAUGUCCUUUUUGAAAUUCUGCAAGAAAAGCUGAAUUCACAGCCAUGUUUGAACCAAGGAUAUAUUCUGGAUGGCUUCCCUAAGACUUAUGAGCAAGCAAAGUUGCUUUUCUUAGAUGAAGCAACAGAGAACCUGGAUUCAAUGUCCAAAACACCUGGGUUCAACAAGAAGAUCAUUCCAGAGCAUGUCUUUGCUCUUAGUGCAACUGAUGAAUUCCUGAUAAAAAGAGUGCAAGGACUUCCAGAGAGUGUGGCAGAGAAAAUGCACUAUACCCACGAGGAAUUUGUCCCUCGUCUAAACAGAUACAGACAACUGAAUGCUGCUGAGGAAAACCUGCUGGACUACUUUGAUGAACUUGAGAUUUAUCCAGAAAUACUUGAGGUUGAUGCUGAUGAUCCUGAAAACAGAGAAGUUAUGAAAAAGAUCAUCGAGACGGUGGGGAAUCCAACAAACUAUGGUCUGAGUCCUGAGGAGCAGGAGGAGGAGGACAGGAGGAAAGAAGAAGAGAGGAAGCAGAAACUGGCUGCCGCGGCAACUGAGAGGAAACUCAAGAAUGAGGCUGCACUGGCUGAGAUGGCUGCACAGUAUCAGGAGUGGCAGAAGAAUUUGUCAGAGUUAGAACGGCAGGAGGACGAGCUGCUGGAAGCUCGUUCUCUCCCUCUGAGGAACUAUCUGAUGAAGUACGUGAUGCCCUCACUCAGUGAAGCCAUGGUCGAGUGCUGCAAGAUCAAACCAGACGACCCUGUCGACUUUUUGGCUGAAUAUCUUCUGAGGAACAACCAACAAGACUGAAAAAUCGCAGAAAGAUUGUUCCAUUUGCUUUUUUUUAGACUGUUUAUCUAUAUUUUCAAAGAUGAUGAUUAUACCAAAGACAAUAUGUAUAACAAAAAGAGUAAAUCACAAUUGUUACAGCAUUCUAAGGAAUAAAACAGGUUUGAUUGGGGGGUGGUUAUUGUUUUACAUGCAAACAGUAUUAAAGUAAACUGACUUUUGAGAAUGAUAGUAGCCUGGUCUACUACUCAGUUCAAAAACCUCCAGUCUGUUCACUUCCCUUAGUACUGUUUGGAUGUUACAGUAUAUGUACACAUUUAUAUAUGAAAAGUAAAAAUGAAAUGGUA